CAUGAUAAUGCAAUUUGUUCCAAUCAUUCUUCAUUGCAAGUGUGUAUAAAGGUUUAAAUUAUAUCACAUUUCUCAAAAUCUUUUAGAGGUUGUGUUGAGGCAAACUUUAACUGAACUUGGUGUCCCCUUCAUUGUUGUUCCCGGAGAUGCUGAUUCCAAAACCGCCGCAAUUGCCAACAAACUUAACGCGAUGGUUCUUGCCUCGGACACUGAUUUCUGUAUAUUUGAAGUCCAAAAGGGAUUUCUUUUCAUGAACGACUUCAAAUGGCAAGAGGUAACAAGAUCUCAAAGGUUUUGCCGAGGAAAGAUAUUUCGUCAGUCAAUUUUCAAAAUUACCUUUGGAACUCCGAAGAAGGCGUUAUCUGUUCUCGAGCCAUUGUUGAGCAGACAAGACGGAAUCGUCGGUAAAAGCUUCGAGGAUUUCUUGCAACUUUUACCGGGGAUAGUAGUGCUUCCAAGGAAUCUUCCCAGUGUAUUUCGUGGUGAAAUUAUGAUUGAAUAUGCGUUGGUGUGGCUCGCCCGUUAUCAAAGUAACGAUCAAAUUAUCCGAUUAAUCAAGCCAAAAACUACAAACUUUCCAGAAAAAAAGUUCAGGGAAUGUUUACGUAUAUAUCAAGAGCUUCCUGACGUUCGAAGCUUUGUGGAUACAUUGCGUAAAGGUGGCGAAUUAGCUGACGUAAAACCAUAUUGUUUUGAGACCAUCGAAGGAAUCCAAGAACCGGUGAGUUUCCUGUCGCUUAUGGUGGAUAACCCAGAGUGCGACUCUUCCCAUGCAGCAUCGUUUCCUAUUCGCCAAUCGUUUUACGAAUUGGGAUGCAUCAUCGACUGUAAGGGGAAAGAAAAUGAUAAUGUGGCGGAACGUCGUAUUGUUGAAUGGGAUCGAAUUGGACAAAAUUAUGGAGAAAGAGUGGUGACGGUGGAAGUUCCAAUCACAAACAUAACAGAAAAAUUACAUCUUGAAAUGACUUGGGAAGAAUUAACAGCAUGCGACACUCGUGAAGUAAUCAUGGCCGCACGAGAAAAAUAUCUUACGGAAGCUAUGAUACAGAAUGAGAAUUUUUCAGAUGCAGCUGUUCUUGGCGAGGAAAACAAACUUCUCGUUUUAAGUAUUUACAGUUGGGCAAGAUGUCAAAAACAGACACCACAGGACGAAGUGUGCAAAGCACUAGCACUGACGUUUUCGUGUUCUUACCAUGAUAUUAGUGAUAAAUAUUUGCCGGAUGCUUUUCGUCGUAUAUCUAAUGGCAGUUAUGACAAGGUAGCAUUGCACUUUUCUGCGCAAUGGCAAGCCAUUAUCUGUGAAGCAAUGCGACUGAAUAACCUUCUAGAAUGUCCAAUACCAAAUUCAAAUAUCGGCCACCUUUUCUCUGGUACGUUGUUUCAGAAAGCACACGCUUUCUUUCUACAGAAUGAAGACCUGACAAAUAAUGAUGUCGUCGACCUGCUGUUUCAUGACAUGGAACAAUCGAAGCAGUUCUUUGAAAAAGUUCUUGAUGUUAUGAUUGGAGGACAAUAAAUGGAUAUUUUUUAUUUUACAUGUGAAUAUAAUAUAUAACAAUAGAAUAAUAAUUUAUAUAUUUAAAUAUACAAAUAUCUGCUUCUUCAUUCUCAUUGAUCGAGAAUGUCGAAUUUAAAUUUUUGCGACUUUAUCACAAAUAUAUAAGAAGAAAGAGAGCCAUGCUCAAAUAUAUGAACAUUAAGGCCAAAACGAAGUGAUACGGGUAUGCAAUUUGUCAUAUUAGACCACCGGCAAGCAGUCUUCAUGAAUUCGCUUGAUCGCGAAAGCGAAAUUGCCACAAGCUGUGCAAUUUGAUAGCGUCAUCGCACACAAAUGACGAAUCUUAUUGAGCCCGCAGAAAUUUUUGAAAUAAAUGAUUGGUAAAAAUACAACUUUUAGCCAUGAAAAAUUUCGAAGCAAUUGGUCCCGUAGUUGGUGAGAAAAGUAAUUUUUUUGUAACCACAACAAGAAAAUAGAAUAACGAACACGAACAACAACAUAAUAACAAAACGAUCCAUAUGUACAUUUUGUGUUUCAAGAGUAUGAUUUAUUCCAUGCUCCAUGUAGCCUAAUAGAAAAUUGUCUGAACUUUAAAAAAUGCAGUGUUUCCCAUCGACUAUUUCGACUGAAACAUACAUAAUUCUUCAAUCUUUAAAUAAUUUUUAUUCGUGGCUACAAUGGUGUGUAAAUAUUUACCUUUCUAAAUUUCUCUACCAAUCAUAAUGCACAAUGUUGAUAAUU